GAUCCAAAGUAUCAUUUAAGCAAACAACUUUCUUGAACGGAUAUCUCCUGCAUUCAACAUGAUGAUCUGGAUAGCUUUCAUUCUCGUGGCCGUUGCAAGCGCCGAUCUGACCGAAAACCGCCAAGCUUCUUUGAAAGUACUGGAUCAGCUUCGUGCCGCCAUCCCCGACUAUCAGAAUGCUCAAGAUUCGGCCAUUGUGCGGAUAUCCGAUGCGAAACAGAACACUUCAACCACAUUGAGCAAUUUCUAUCACAGCGUGUUUGAAAUAAAAACGACAUCGCUGGUGAACAUCCUGGAAGAGGAGGUUGAAACAAUAUCUUACGGAGCGAGAGUCGACGACUGGUGCUGGGAAAGCAACAUCCCGAUGCUCGAAGGUAUCAUGAGUUGGGUUGGAAAUGACUUCAGCGAAUGCACUCGACAACUGGAUGAUUCGAUAGCUGAUGUGAUCGCCAGUAUCUACAAACGUUUUCAGGGCGAUGAACAAGAAAUCAAAAAAUUUGGAUUACUUGAAGUUUUUCUGAGAAGAAACAUCAUCAACAAUCCACAGGCCAUCGUUGAGGCCAUCAAUCAGCUGAAGUUCGAUUUGGGUAGCUUCAUUCCCGAGUUAGAGAAGGUGAUUGUGCAAUUCGAGCAUGAUUUAGUGGCUAAAUUACCAGGCUACUCUGGCUGUCUUACCAGCCGAGUCAAUCAACGCAAACGUCAGAUUGACCAAUUGAAGGAUGAAACUGAAAGAUGUCUGAAAGAGCAAAAGAUGCAUAACUAAAGCAUGUUUACAGUUUAAGAAAAUUUAUUCUGUCAAACCACUGUUUUGAAAUCUAGUCAACAUAUUUAUAUUACUUAUUAUUUCUGAAUAAACUA